CACCAAACUAGUCAACUCUUUUAAUAUCUCACACGAGUGCCUCUUCUGAUACCCAUUCACUGUUGCCGGCAUAGAGGCUUACGGGCAGCUUGGAUUACACAUUGACAGUUGCCGUACCUUUUUUUUCUCGAUAUUGACUUACCUCGUCGUUGGCAUUGUCCCCGACUCGUACCUUGUCAACCCACUUUCCCACGGGUUUCGUCUAACCCGCGUGUCACGAUGUAUGUCAAGAAGCGAGAUGGCCGUCAAGAACGGGUUCAAUUCGACAAGAUUACCGCUCGUGUAUCGCGCCUAUGUUACGGCCUCGACACCGACCAUGUCGACCCUGUUGCUAUUACCCAGAAGGUCAUUUCUGGUGUCUACGGAGGUGUCACCACCGUACAGCUAGACGACCUCGCAGCCGAGACCGCCGCCUACAUGACCGUCACCCACCCAGACUACGCCAUCCUCGCUGCACGUAUCGCAGUAUCCAACCUACACAAGCAGACAAAGAAACAAUGGUCCUCCGUUGUCAGUGAUCUGUAUCACUACAUCAACCCCAAGAACAGCAGGCCAUCACCCAUGAUCUCACAGGAGACAUACGACUGCGUCAUGAGACACAAAGACGAGUUCGACUCGGCCAUUGUAUAUGACCGAGAUUUCAACUACCAAUACUUUGGCUUCAAGACUCUAGAGCGUUCAUAUCUCCUAAAGAUCAAUGGCAAGAUUGUCGAAAGACCUCAGCACAUGAUUAUGCGUGUGGCUGUAGGUAUCUGGGGAGAUGAUGUUGAGAAGGUCCUCGAGACCUACAAUCUGAUGUCGCUCAAAUACUUCACCCACGCCUCGCCUACUCUAUUCAAUGCCGGAACACCACAACCUCAGAUGUCCUCAUGCUUUUUGGUUGACAUGAAGGAGGAUAGCAUCGAGGGCAUUUAUGACACCCUCAAGACAUGUGCUAUGAUUUCCAAGAUGGCUGGUGGUAUUGGCUUGAACGUACACCGUAUUCGUGCCACGGGCUCUUAUAUCGCCGGUACCAAUGGCACGUCAAAUGGUGUUGUUCCUAUGUUGCGUGUCUUCAACAACACCGCCCGCUACGUUGAUCAAGGUGGCAACAAACGACCCGGCGCUUUCGCCAUCUACCUUGAGCCGUGGCACUCGGAUGUCUUCGAGUUCUUGGAUCUGCGAAAAAAUCAUGGUAAGGAGGAGGUUCGUGCUCGCGACCUCUUCUUGGCUCUUUGGAUUCCCGAUCUAUUCAUGAAACGAGUUGAGAAGAACGGCGAGUGGACACUGAUGUGCCCCAACGAGUGUCCUGGUCUUGCUGAUGUCUACGGCGACGAAUUUGAAGCCCUCUACGAGAAAUACGAAGCUGAGGGGCGAGGUCGCCAGAAGAUAAAGGCCCAGAAGCUGUGGUACGCCAUCCUUGAGGCCCAGACAGAGACUGGAAACCCCUUCAUGCUCUACAAGGACCAUGCCAAUCGCAAGAGCAACCAGAAGAACCUGGGCACAAUCCGCAGCUCUAACCUCUGUACUGAGAUUAUCGAGUACUGUGCCCCGGAUGAAGUGGCUGUUUGUAACCUGGCGUCUAUGGCUUUGCCGUCUUUUGUCGAUUACAACACGGAAAGCUAUGAUUUCCAGAAGCUGCAUGAGGUAACCCAAGUCGUCGUGCGCAAUCUCAACAGAGUUAUUGACGCAAACCACUACCCUGUUCCCGAGGCACGGAACAGCAACAUGCGCCACCGUCCUGUUGGUCUCGGUGUGCAGGGUCUGGCUGAUACCUUCCUUGCUCUUCGUAUGCCUUUUGAGUCCCCCGAGGCUCGACAACUCAACAAGCAGAUCUUUGAGACCAUGUACCACGCUGCCUUGACUGCGUCAAUGGAGAUUGCUAAGGAGGAAGGCACGUACUCUACAUACGAAGGUUCUCCAGUUUCACAGGGUAUCCUCCAGUAUGAUAUGUGGAAUGUCACCCCUUCUGACCUCUGGGACUGGGCUACUCUCAAGGAGCAGAUCAAGCAACAUGGUGUACGCAACAGUCUUCUGAUGGCUCCCAUGCCAACUGCCAGUACCUCGCAGAUCCUGGGCAACAACGAAUGUUUCGAGCCUUACACCUCGAACAUCUACUCUCGUCGUGUUUUGGCCGGUGAAUUCCAAGUUGUCAACCCCUGGUUGCUGAAGGACCUGGUCGAUCUGGGUCUAUGGUCUGACAAUAUGAAGAACCGUAUUAUCGCUGAGGGUGGUUCUAUUCAGAACAUUCCUAGUAUUCCAGCGGAAGUCAAGGCCUUGUACAAGACUGUCUGGGAAAUAUCCCAACGCACAGUAGUCCAAAUGGCCGCCGAUCGCGGUGCGUUCAUUGAUCAGUCGCAGUCGCUAAACAUCCACAUGAAGGACCCUACAAUGGGCAAGAUCACAAGCAUGCACUUUACUGGAUGGAAGCUUGGUCUUAAGACUGGCAUGUACUACUUGCGAACUCAAGCUGCUGCCCAACCUAUCCAAUUCACAGUUGACCAAGAAGCCCUGAAAGUCACAGAUUCAGCGGCCGCUAGGCCCGGCGCGUUGAAGAAGCGGGCCCCUCCUUCUGGAACUCACACAUCUUCACCAUCCCCUGCUAUUCCACGACCAAUGUAUGCUAAGAGGGAAAGCUCCAACGUGGUCAAUACCCCCCAUGGGGUCCCCACACCUAGUGCCACCCCUCCCCCUGCCAAGGAGACAACAGUUGUGGAAUCAGCUAUACCAUCCGCCAAGGCGUCAUCUUUCAAGGCAGAUGUGCCUGAGGGUGAGAGCCCUAAAGCUUUGGCAACAGAGCCUACUGAGAAACCGAAAGCAGAGGCACUACCGGAUGCAGCUCUUGAGGACACCAAGUCGCCACAGCAAGAUGAAGAUAACGAAGAUACAAGCAAGGAGCGCGAGUAUGAUAUCUAUGCUGACGCCGUUUUGACAUGCAGCAUUGAGAACCGCGAAGAAUGUAUCAUGUGCAGUGGUUAAAGGGCCAAUAUAGGAAUAGAGAAAGUGAUGAUGUUAUGCAAUGGGUGAUGAUAAUAGGUUUAAUAUAUGACGGACGAUAAGCAUGACUCGGGAUGGUCGACGGUUGGUGUCUAUUAGCAGGCUCAGAAUUCUGCACCAACACUUGAAUAGUCCUGGAGUAUUGUACAGGCAAUAUGAUAUUUGCGCCUCGGUAGGCGACUUCAUUGGGCGGGCGUUGGUCAUGUAUUUUCUAGUUCAGUAUAAUAAAACUUUAGGCAAAUUCUUUUGAUGCGACGUGAUAUAGAAGUAUUCAAGAGGCAGCUAGACAGGCUGAAUGUUGGCUAGGAAUAGUGAGGCCACGCGAACAG